AUGGCCUCUUCACCAACAUGUAAAAAAAGACUUUUAACGGAUACAAGUAGUCCGUCACCUAAGCGACAUCGGACAGAUUUAACUUUGGAAAAAAAGGUGCAAUUAAUUGCCGAUUCCGAGAAGCUUCCUAAACUUUCUCAAAAGGAACUCAGCUUGAAAUAUGGUAUCGGCCGUGCAACUGUCUCCGACAUAUUAAAACGGAGAGAACAGUACAACAGUCAAUUUAAAGAAAACUGUGAGUCGAAGAAAAAAAGAUUUCCAAGUUCAUCAAAAUACGGGGAAUUAAAUGAAGCAGUGUUCAAGUGGUUCUCUCAAGCUAGAGCAAAAAACAUACCUCUGAGUGGUCUGAUCGUUCAUGAGAAAGCGCUACAGUUUUCAAAAGAAUUAAAUUUAGAGGAAUUUAAGGCAUCUAAUGGAUGGUUGGAGAGCUGGAAAAACCGUUAUUCUAUUGGUUAUUUCAAAGUCUGUGGUGAAAGUGCCGAUGUGGAUAUAGAGUCAGUAAAUGAUUACAAGCGCAGAGUACCGAGUAUUGUAGCUGGUUACCACAAUAAAGACAUCUUUAACUGUGAUGAAACCGGACUUUUUUUUAGAGCUUUACCGGACAAAACGUUAGCAGAGAAAAGAAAAGAAUGUAAAGGCGGAAAACUAGCAAAAGAAAGAUUAACUGUGAUGAUGUGUUGCAGUAGCGUAGGAGAAAAACUGAAACCGUUGGUAAUUGGGAAAGCACGAAAACCGCGAUGUUUUGGCAACAUAAAUGUUGACAAGCUACCGGUAUUGUGGCGUUCCAAUAAAAAAUCUUGGAUGACAUCGGAAACUUUUAAGGACUGGAUUGGAAGAAUCAACAGCGAUAUGAAAAAACAACGACGACACAUACUGGUAUUUUUGGACAAUGCCACUUCACAUUCCCAUGACCUAACUUUUAGCAAUGUUACCCUGAGGUACCUUCCAGCCAAUACCACAUCUAAACUCCAGCCGCUGGAUCUUGGCAUCAUACGUGCAUUUAAAGCUAGGUACAGGAAAAACAUGAUGCAACAUUUGGUUAUGAACAUCGAGAAGUGUAAACACGCCUCUGAACUAACAAAAGCAGUAUAA